AUGGGAUGGACACUAACAAGGACGCAGUGCCAGUGCAAUGGCACCCACAAUGCACCAACCCAAGUGCAUGAUUCGAAGCAAAUCUUGUCGGCGUACACUCCCGUCAUCACAGCUGCGGUGAAGUCCACUUGUGGAGCAAGACAGAUGUUCGUUUCUGCCAUCAUUCUGAUCGUUUUGUUAGCUGCUAUAUAUUGCGUGUCUUUACCGUACCAGCAAGCGAACCUCAGCGUCCAUCAACCAAGAAGAAUUCAACCUCAAGUUUCUAGAAAUACUGUAGCGGAACCAGCCGCGACCACCGAGGCUGGUUUAGGAUAA